CACCGCGGCGGCCGGAGCCCGGCUGUGGCCUCAGGACACAGACCCGGCGCGGCCGGCCGCAGGGAGUCGCAGAAGGAGCGCAAGAGCCUCGUGGCAUCGGGCGCACAGCAGCCGGACAACCCUGGGGGACCGCAGCCGCCAGGCCAGAAGCGGACUCCCAGAAGAGGGGAGCAGCAAGGAUGGAAUGACAACCGGGGGACAGACGCGCUUGAUAGAGCAGAGCGAAGGUCCUACAGGGAAUAUCGACUCUAUGACACUGAGAGACAGGCAGACUUGGCAUCGGAGAAGUUUACAGAUGAAAAACCAGUUGACAGGUUUGAUCGAGACAGGCCACUGAGAGGACGUGGAGGCCCCAGAGGAGGCCUGAGGAGCAGAGGCCGAGGUGGACCCGGGAACAGAGCUUUUGAUUCCUUUGACCAAAGAGGGAAACGAGACUUUGAGAGAUACAGCAGCAAUGAUAAAGCAGCAAACAGAAUGGAGGACAGCAUGGGUGUCUGCGGUGUGCGCUCCUGGGGAUCAGGUAAAGACACUAGUGACAUUGAGCCACCUGCGCCCAUGGAAGAGAUCUCAAUGAUGGAGGAGUCCCAAGGCACCCUGGAUGAGGAGUCUCCAGCCAAAGUUCCUGAGUUGGAGGUAGAAGAGGAAAAUCAAGUCCAAGAGAUGACCUUAGAUGAGUGGAAAAACCUUCAAGAGCAAACCAGACCGAAGCCUGAGUUCAACAUCCGGAAGCCAGAGUCCACAGUUCCUUCCAAGGCAGUGGUGAUUCACAAGUCCAGAUACAGAGACGAUAUGGUGAAGGACGACUGUGAGGAUGAGUCCCAUGUCUUUCGGAAAGCUGCCAAUGAUAUCACAUCCCAGCUGGAGAUUAACUUCGGUAACCUCCCUCGCCCUGGACGGGGAGCCAGAGGCAGUGCCCGAGGAGGCCGAGGAAGGAUCAGAAGAACAGAGAACUAUGGCCCCAGAGCAGAAGUGGUGACCCAAGAUGUCGCUCCCAACCCGGAUGACCCUGAGGACUUCCCGGCCCUGGCCUAACAGCCAUUCCCGUCAGCAGAGCAGCACUAUGAAGAGACUUUCCUUGCCGCGAGAAGAGUCAGACUCUAAGAACAAUAGAUGUUGCUUUUCCCGUGUCGUGUGAACUGGCUGCGCUUUCUUGCUCUGUGGGAUGUGAAGUGCAGGUCCUAUGAGGUCAGGCACUUCCCACAGAUGAACGAUGGAGACCUUAGAAAGGAAUGAUGUUUCAAAUGUGUACAUAGAUUCUAACAGUUCUACCACAGAAGUCCAGUGUAAAGUAAAUCAGACAGCAGAGCUGCUGGGCAUGGUGGUGCACGCCUCUAAACUCAGCACUUGGAAGACAGAUCUCUUGAGUUCGAGGCCGGCCUGGUCUACAGAGUGAAUUGUGAAAAUCCAAGAAAAUAAAAAUAAAGAAGCACCUAUUGAGAUGACUUAGGGAGUUGUCUAGACAAGCCCUCUAGCAUUUCAGGACACAGAACUGGAGCUGCUCAUUUAAAGCAGCCAUAGCCUAGUUUUCAUACCAUUGCCCAUAAUGGUUCAGUUCUGCUGAGAAAUUUCCUGAGUUGUUUUUAUUCAGAUACCAACUUUAAACUGUCAUCACGCACCAGUGACAACCACUCGGUGAGGCAGAGGAAGUACUAGCUUUCAGUGGUGAUUUAAACUACCUCGUGGUAUAUGUCUGUGCACACUUAGUGUUCAGAUAGUUGUUAGGUAUAUGAUUUAAAACUGUGUUAUUUAACUCACUAAUCAAAUGAAAAGGCUUCCUGGUAAAUGUAUAGUUUUUCUUUCUUAAAACUACUGUCACCAGGCACUGGUGGCAUACACCUUUAAUCACAGCAUUCAAAGCAGAGGCAGGCAGAUCUCUGUGAGUUCAAGGCCAGCCCGGUCUACAGAGCAAGUUCCAGGACAGUCAGAGCUACAUAGUGAGACUCUGUCUCAAAAACAAAACAAAAAAUAGUGUCAGAAUUCAGCACUGUUACUACAGACUUAACUCAAUCCCACUUACCAACUGUGAACACCGUGGACAGGCUCCUCCCCUGGGCCAUCCCCUAGUUCUUGUGUUGCUCUUCCCACCUCUGGUGGAGUUUAGGAAUCACCUCACGGGUCAGUCACUCACCUGGAAUCCCACUCCAAACAGCUUGAGACCUGAGGCCAAGCCACCCAAAGAUUCUUCAUGUGGGGGAGAGACAAGCCAAGGUAUCACAGCUGUAGAGAUGAGGAGGGAGCCUUGUCUCCAAGACCCGUGCUCUUCCCCACUUGGUCACACAGUCUGAGAUGGUGCUGAACUGGAGCCCAGGUGUGAGUGAGGGUUGGCGUUCCCCCUGAACUCUCUUGGGGUUUGGUUGAAUCAAAGUUGAACCUCUAGACACGUUACCAAGGAUGUUCGCUUCGGGUGUCCUCCUGCUCCUGACCCCAUGUUUAUUAAAUGAAUGAGUACAAAGAUA